UUAAUUUCAAAAAGUCUUUGGGUAUCAAAAAAACAAAAAGGGAAAACAGCUCCACCUCGGUUCUUCGUCGGGUCAUUCUGUUGGUUAUCUCCAGCUCAAGCUGUUGCUUUGGAAACCAAGACAGAUUGGGCCUUUCGUAGGAUGCGAACCAGCAACAGGAUCUUCUGACUGGGAAGACUGCAAAAUAUAGAUGGCAGAACUCGUGGCCUUUCCAUCAAGUUCUAGGCUGCUGGUCAAAGGAAAUUUCUCAGAGCAGCUCUCUGUGUCUAAAAGCUCAGCUAUGUUGAUACACAGGGGAUUUUGCUUUGGAAAUUGUGGAGUAUCUCGCUUGCCUUCAUCAAAUAUAUCGAAGCUCAUUACUCCUAGUUUAACAAAACUGGAGAGCAGACCAAACAUGCAUAGUUGCAAGAGGGGUUUUAGCGUCGCUUCUCUUGUUAAUGCUGAUGUAGCAAUAACUUUUGAAUUGGUUCCUGCCAUUGAUCAAAUGCUUCUGAUGACUAGUAUUUUUCUUACAUAUCUAGCUGGUGUAAUACCUUCAAAUACUAGAGAACAGAUCAAAAGCAAAAAUGUGGACAGUGAUGGGACUUCCUCUUCUGGUAGUGCCAGGAGAAAGGACAAUGACAUUAACACAAAAUUUGCCUGGGAUGUAGUGAAAGGAAAACUCCUGAGUUCUCUGUCUUCUGCAAAAGAAGAAUUGGACUUUGGUGCUGCACCUGUUGAAUUCGAACAAAACCGUAGAAGACAGCCUUCAAAUUUAUAUGCUCUUGCCGAGGGUCCAAGGUUGAGGUUACUUUGGGCAUCUUUUCAGUUACUCAAGAAAGAGGUUGAUUGUAUAUCCGCGAAUGCUGCUACCUUAAGCAAGGGAAAUUUCUUGGCCAUUUAUAAUGAUGUCAUUAAGAACUCAUGUCAGCCUUUAUGUGUAACUUGGCUGGAAGAGGAACUGCUUCUAAAAAGUAACAAAACCAACAAGGAAUGUCUCUCCAUUGUGAUUGAUAAGUUAGAUGGACAUGGUAAUGUCCUGAUGAAUAUAAAAAAGUCAGGGAAGGAGGAUCUGUAUGCAGAACUGAUAUGUUUUCUUAGAUUUGGUUUUAUCAGGAAGGAUGACCUUUAUGAUAACAGCUUGUUUAUGGAGCAUGGGGUCUCUAUACUGGAGGAUCUGGUGAUUAUGUUAGCAGAUGGGAUUGCAAGUAUGUAUUUGGGCCUUAUUUCUGUUGAUAGUAGCAUGUCAAAUGAAAUGAACAACCUUGGUUUGAGUUUAUGUACAAUGUCAACCAGAGCACUUCAGAAGUUACGCAACGAGGUUGCUCUCAAUCAGUGGUUGCAUCAGAACAUGGAAGCAGUUGUCUCCAUGUAUGAAGAUCGGUUUGACUUGUGCAUAUUUCAAUACCAACUUGUUGAGGAAUCUAGCAAGGACAAGGAUCAAACUAUUAAUUGGUGGAAGAAGCUUAAUGUAAUAAGUUCUAGACCAGUGUCACGUCAAUUGAAUGUUGUUGUGAUCGACCAAAUAUCUGUGCCUGUUAAGCGGACCAAGGAACUAAGGGCUUUGACUGGGUGGAGAUACUACUACAGUCUUUUCCUUGAAUUGGCUGAUAUUGCAAUGCCAUUGGUGAGAACUGUUAUCGCUAAGGUACUCAAGUACCAACAAUGGAUGUGUUUUGUUUGUCUACAACAUUGGUCGAGCUCGAAGUUGCACUACUCUCUGUAUUUGAACUCUUGGCUAGCCACCGGAAUUGGAGCUAAAGAAUUUUCAGUUCAUAAAAUCACCAAAAUGUUAGCACGUUUGCAACUUUGCACAAAUCACUAAAGUAUUAUGGAAACCAAUGGAUGCAAACAUUGGAGACAAGGACAAGACCAGGGUAGGUAAUAAGAGUGGGUAGAAAAGCAAAAGUAAUCUCAGAGGAUAACCUUUCUGUUGUGUCCUACCACACCCUUACACGAUAAGUCUCUAAGAAAAUUCUUGUUAUACACUAAUUAAUUCACACUA